GCGGCGGCGCAGGGGGCGGAGGCAGGGGGCGCCCCCAGCCAGGAUGCUGCGGUUCCUGCGCCGGACCUUUGGCCGCCGCUCCAUGCAGCGCUACGCGCGGGGCGCGGCGGGGCGCGGGGCCGCCGGGCUGGGGGACGAGCGCGACGGGGGAGCGCGCGGGGGCCCGGCCGCCGCCGCCGCCUCGUCCACGCUGCCCGCCGCGCCCGGGGGCAGCGUGUUCCCGGCGGGCGGCGGGCCCCUGCUCACGGGCGGCGCGGCCGUGCACAUCUCCGCCGCGGGCGCCGCCAAGGCCACCCUCUACUGCCGCGUCUUCCUGCUCGACGGGACCGAAGUGAGCGUGGACCUGCCGAAACAUGCCAAAGGCCAGGAUUUGUUUGACCAGGUCGUGUACUACUUGGACCUGGUGGAGACAGAUUACUUCGGCCUCCAGUUCCUUGACUCCACCCAGGUGGCGCACUGGCUGGAUCAUUCCAAACCUAUCAAGAAGCAGAUGAAAAUUGGACCUGCUUACGCUUUGCACUUUCGAGUUAAAUAUUAUUCUUCAGAACCAAACAACCUUCAUGAAGAGUUUACAAGGUACCUGUUUGUUUUACAACUCAGGCAUGACAUUCUUUCAGGAAAAUUGAAAUGCCCGUAUGAGACAGCUGUGGAGUUAGCUGCUCUCUGUCUGCAAGCGGAGCUGGGCGAGUGCGAGCUUCCGGAACACUCACCAGAGCUCGUGUCUGAGUUCCGGUUCAUCCCCAAUCAGACAGAGGCGAUGGAGUUUGAUAUCUUCCAGCGGUGGAAAGAGUGCAGGGGAAAGAGCCCUGCGCAGGCCGAACUCUCCUACCUGAAUAAGGCGAAGUGGCUGGAGAUGUACGGGGUGGACAUGCACGUGGUCAGGGGAAGAGACGGCUGUGAAUAUUCCCUCGGACUGACGCCCACAGGCAUACUGAUCUUUGAAGGAGCUAACAAAAUAGGCUUAUUCUUUUGGCCCAAAAUCACCAAAAUGGAUUUUAAAAAGAGCAAGUUGACCCUGGUGGUGGUGGAAGAUGACGAUCAGGGCCGGGAGCAAGAACACACCUUCGUGUUCCGGCUGGACAGCGCCCGAACCUGCAAGCACCUCUGGAAGUGUGCCGUGGAGCACCACUCCUUCUUCCGGCUGCGCACCCCCGGGAACAGCAAAUCCCACCGCUCUGACUUCAUGAGGCUGGGCUCCCGCUUCCGGUUCAGCGGGCGGACGGAAUACCAGGCCACCCACGGCUCCAGGCUAAGAAGAACCAACACCUUCGAGCGCAAGCCGAGCAAACGCUACCCGUCCCGGAGACAUUCCACCUUCAAAGCGAGCAACCCGGUGAUCGCGGCCCAGCUCUGCUCCAAAACAAAUCCUGACGUCCAUAAUUACCAGCCUCCAUUCCACCCCAGCGUGCACCCCAGCCAGCCUCGGUGGCUCCCUCACUCUCCUCACUCUCCAAACAUCAGCUACCCACUCCCUGCCUCAGGGCUCGGCAGUGCCGACAGGCUCCCUUUCGGCAUCGAGGAGAACGGGGGUACGCCCUUCGCGACCAAAGCACCGGGAAGGCACCACCACCACCACCACCAGCAUCAGCACCAACCAAACUACGGCCUCUCGCUCACCCUGGAGAACAAGGAAGGGCCCUUGAGGUCCCCGAAUUCCAGCAGUAAACCCCUUCCAAAACUGAGUCCAGGCGCGCCUGCCCUGUUCAGCGAAGCUGCAGCCCAUCUAAAGAAGCUGGAGCUGGAGACUGUGAAGGCUGCCGGAGCUUGGCCUGCCCUGCACAUCAACAUCAACAAGGCGGAAGAGAAGAAAGUCUCUGAGAAGACGCUGCAGUCCCCGCUGUUGCCUUCCCCCGUGGCCGACCAUGUGAAGUGCAACAUUCUGAAGGCCCAGCUGGAGAAUGCAUCCCGCUCGAGUGCCCAGGUUGGAAAAGAGGAAUCGACGUUUAUAAAUAUCAAUAAGAAAUCCAGUCUUCAGGAUGCUAAUGUAAGAAGUCCCAUUCCUGUACAUGUGGACACUGCCCAGCCAGCAGUGGACAAGCCGGAAAUCAAGCCUCCUCGAGUGAGGAAGUUGACAAGACAGUACAGUUUUAACCGCAGUGAUGAAGACGACCUCCCUCCAGACCUGGCCGAGGCCGUCGGCGUACCCGCCGCCACCACGCCCGUCACCACCGCUGCCGCCGCCACUAGCCCCGUCUCUGCACCGCUGGCCUCCCCCCAGAGCCGCCCGCUCAGCUCGCCUCAGAACUCAGAAGGCAAGAGCCAGCUGUCCCCAGGGGUCAAGAGCCCCCCUCGAGGAGGUGCCUUUACUCUGGAGCCCGGCGAUCUCCUGAUGGACUUCACGGAGGCCACCCCUCUGGCAGAGCCCGCCAGCGCCCCCUACUGUGCCCACUCUCGCUGUUCUCCUCCACUCUCUCUCCCCAUGAAGGAAGAGACCACUGGAGUUUGCAUGCACCCUCCAAUCAAAACGAGGCUGAUAAAAACAUUCCCAGCUGAUACAGUGACCCCGUUUCCUGAACCUUUCAUCACAGGGCCACAGUUUACUGCCGACUUUAGAGACAGUAAGUUACCAUGCUGUCCCGGCCAGUCUUCCCCACUGAUUCCAGCCGCGACCCUGAGGCCUUUGGCAGAGACUGUGUCCACAGUGCAGACCAUCUACGGCACACGGAAGCCCGUCUCUCUGGCCGCCAGUGCAGAGACACUCCGGCAGGAAUUGGAGAGAGAGAAAAUGAUGAAAAGACUAUUGAUGACCGAACUGUGAAAUUCUCCCCUGUUGCCUGGAGGAUGGCAUGGUGCCUUCUGUCCGUUUUCUUUCUUCGGGCUUCGUGUGCUCACUCUAGCACAGCAUACACAUGUGUGCUCUGUUCGCCAGGGUAUCCAUGGUUAGUCAAAGCCAGCUUCUGGCUUGAAUUCAGAAAAGUUAUUUUCUGUCUCCUGAGUAUUAGGUUUUCUACUACUCAGUGUAACUGAGGCAGGAGUUGGUCAGCGAGGAGAAGAAAGAUGGGAAAACGGGGAUUCCUUUUCAGAAGUUCCUGUGUGUAUACGUCAGUAACCACAGGAGUCACUUGGCAUGGAAUCCUUUAUUAUCAAUCUCAACCAUGUGAUUUUGUAUGAUUGAAACUUGCACCAAGCUUUGACUGUUUUUAAUGAGAGAAUAAUUCUUUAAUGCUGUUUUUUUUUCCAUUUAGACUGGUAAAUACAAAGUCCUAACAUUCAUUUUUAUUCAAACAUGAGUAGAUGAACUAAAAAAAAAAAUGUUGCAAUCACCAAGACUGAAGCAAUUCAGUUCAGUCCAAGAUAUAAUUUAACUUGUGAAUUUGUUGAAUACAAUAUUAUUUGGGUUAAAUAGAAUUUAUCAUUGAACCCAAGGUAGGAAAUUGUGGAUCAAAUCAUCAAAAAAUUCUUAUAAGGUUAAGAUGAUUCAAUAUGCAGACUCAUUUGGGUGUUCCAUAAAGGGAAAUUAUUUCUAAAGUCGAUCAAUUCAUGUCCUGUUGAUAGAAACUUGACCAGAAGAAAUUUUGCUCUCUUUUUAUAUAGUUUCAAGAAAUGUGUUUUUAAAUUUUUAUUAUGCACUUGAACAACUUUGCAGGAAUAAAGGAACCCCCCUAUUCACACACCAUCCCUCUAAAUCUUAUUUCUCAAGCUUUCUUAAUGAAUAUGCACAUACUUUGACAUAUCUAUUAUCACUGUGUACAUAUUUUUUGGUUGUACUUUUCUCACCUAAAGUAUCUCCACUUCUCAACACAGAUUCUACUCUUGACAAUUUAAACAUUUUUCUAUGUACUAACACAAUUAAUCUUAUUUCUUCUCAAUAUUUGAGUCAUUUCCAAGUGUUUCCACUCAUAAAUCACGCUGCUAUGAAUGUCUUUGUAAAAAAAAAAAGUCGUUUUCUUUGAAUUCUUUCCUUUGGAAUAUCUCCAAAGGGGGAUUUGACAAGGUUAAAGAGCAUGAACUAUUUUAUAGCUCUUGUUUCAUAUUGCCAGACUGCUUUCUAGAAAGAUCCAAUCUCUGGGUUGGAAGGAUCUUAAAGGUCAUCUAAUUCAACCCUCCCUCCCCUUUGGAUGCUUGAAUCCCCUCUACAAUUUAUGACGCCACCAGCAAUGUAUAAGCAUUUCUAUUUACAAAUAGCUCUGCCGGUAUUGAGUUUUGCCAUUUUAAUUUAUUUUCACUAGUUUAAUAGGUGUGUAUAGUUGUUGAGAGAUUGUUUUAUUUUAUUAAUUGCUAUCGAAGCUGAGCACUUUUCCAUGUGAUAAUUUACUAGCUGUAUUCCUUUGUGUACAAAAUGUUCAUCCAUUUCUUAUGACCACUUGUAAAGUGGAAUCGAUCUCGUAUAUUUGUAUCAGAAUUGUAUUUUUAUGUUUUAUUGUAUAGUUUGCUCUCCUGACCCUAUAUUCUUAAAACUGAAUGGUGCCAAUAAUUUGAUACUAAUGAUUAUUUAAAAAAAAAAGUAAUGCCUCAUUUACUAGCAUUGUUGCAAAAGGAGGCCUGUAAACAAAUAUUCAGAUAACAGAGGAUUAACCCUUUAAGUGCUGAACCUAAAAAAAAAAAUUUUAAUAUUUUUUUGAGGGAAAUCUUUCUAAAACGGAUUACAUAACGUCCCUGCCUUAGUCAACAGAGUAUCCCGGAGAGUAUUUAACCUUUUCUCACGAAGCGUCACGGUCAUCAUUAUCACACAUCAGCCCCACGUGUACCUGGGUGCGGCGCAGUGACGUCAUCCAUCACCGUGCGCCGGGCUCGGCUUUGCCUCUCCUGUGUAGGGCCGCUGCGCUUUGCUUGUGGAUGGUCUCCUGCCCACGUGUCUGCGCUCUUGGCGAGGCCCUCUGGGGCCGAUGGCAGUGUUUGGGGACCUUUUCCCCCCACGCUCCGUGACCCCGGGCUGUUCUUUCCAAACAGCUUUUUCUUCUCUGUUCCUUCUCUCUCGUGCACAUGCUACACAAAACGUGUUCCUGUACAAUAAGGAGGGGGGGAAGAUGAGCUGUGUCUGGGCUUGUCACCUCUCGCCAGUGCAGCGCCACCUUCCCUCCGUGCCCUCCCUGCUUCUGGAGUCUGCUGCUCUUCACUCCCUGCACCCCCCCGACGGAUGGAAGCAAAGCGUUUAUUUGCGCAGCGAAACCGGGGAACCCCGCGUGGCUUCCACGUCGCCGGGUGGACCUGGCUUCCGAGGAGCGUGCAUGGGCUUCGUGGCUGCACUUUUCAGGAGGCGCGGCGCCUCCUGCUUCUUCUUCCCCCACCCACCUCCCUCCCGCUGGGUUCACGGAUGUCUCCGAAGGUUGAUGUCACUGAAAGUCCGCUCACAAUUAAGUUGGCUGUUGUUAACUGUGUUUGAAAAACCUAGUACCUUUGGCAGCUCACCUCUAACCAGUAAAACCAAGAGGAUUCCUUCCCUUGUU